CAAGAAGGCUGUGGUUCCGAAUCUCUCCGCAGUUGCUCUUGUUUUGUAUGUGAAUGCUAAAUGUUGACAUUCAACAUGGCGGCAUGUCGUCAGUGCUGUGCUGUGUCGUGAUUGUGUAAUUGUUAGUUUAGGAUAUUUUUGAAAUCAACGCUCACUGUAAAUUCCACAUUUAAAAGCUGAAGAAGAAAACGAUACUCUAGAAUUAUUGGAACGACACAACCACACUCAGCACGCAUUGAAGACAUCUGAGGAUUUUCAAGCCAACAUUUAUCCUUUAAAUCUCCAAUGUUUUUGAUUUAUUCCUUUUAUAAAGGAUGACUGAUGUUUAAGAAAAACACAGUUAUUCUCGAACAAGCUAAAUUUAGUAAUUAUCAAACAGUUGUUAUGAUAUUAUUAAUGCAAAGAUUCGUGGAAAGUAUUGUUCGUAUGAUAUGAUGUGUUAAAAUAUUUUGUACACAUAUUAAUCAUUCGAAAUACUCAUGCUAACCGUAUUGUUCGUUUGUAAACUGUGUAUGCAACCCGCUUAAUGAAAAGGAGCUAGGUACUCUGCGUAGUGGUGACCCUGCGAUUGUGAUUGCUGCCUUGGCUGGGAUUGUGCUAAUUUGAUCUGUUAAUGGGACAAAAGAAUUAUCCACAAUUUGAGAGUGCCAAGUUUGCUAAGAAUAAGAACAGCCGUGGUAGUUCUCGUUAAACAAUCUACCACAAUUAACAAGAUACCCGUGUCACCUUCCUCCCUAGUUGCCGGUCACAAGAGAAUCUGCAUUUCAGCAGCGUUUCCAAACAAAAGGAAAAAAAAAAAAAAAAAACGCCUUUCUCCCUCUUUGUUAAGUUCUUGUAACGUUGUAAUAGUAAACAAAUAUAUAAGGUACCAAGAACCAUUCUGUGAUAUCUAUGUUAACACUUAAAUAAUUGAAAAGACUAAAAGUUCUAAAUAUAAGUAUAUAUAUUGCAAAGGAGCAGAAGCGAAGACAAAAAACACAAUUUAAAAAGAAAAAAAAAAACGACAAAAAAAAUAAAUAAAAUAAAAACGAAAACAAAAAAAUUCAAAAGAAGAUUAAAAAAAAUUAAAUAAAAUAAUUCAAAGUCAAAUAAUAAAUUACCUAUAAUCGAUUGACGGAGAUAUUUAAAAUUAACGUAAGAAGAGAACAAAAAAAAAACAUAAAAACGUUGAAAAUUUCAAAUAAUGUCCAAUAAUCCUCAGUGGAAAACGUUCCAGCCGCCAAUAAUGAACUCCGACCCAGCAAUACUUGACUACAAAUCCAUGACCAUCCCAAGUCCUAAGGUUGUAGGAGCGCCACACCAAUCAGGCGGCGGAUACCGCAAUGGUACCGGUUACAGCGGAGAUCACUUCAUGGGUUCACCUCCUAGCUGUGGAAAAAAUUCGUCAAGUUAUGUAAAUUACCCUAGUUCGCAGACAUCACCACGUAACGGCACAACUAGAUUUCCAAUUGGCACGUUCACUGGUAUGGAAGGAGGUAUUGGUUACACAGGAGAACCUGCGACCAAUAAUUCGUCUUACCAAGAUCAGUCCAACAACCAAGGCACCCGUGAGACUGGAAUAAUCGAAAAAUUAUUGCAUUCUUACGGAUUUAUACAGUGCUGUGAGCGGCAAGCCAGACUGUUUUUUCAUUUUAGCCAAUUCAGUGGUAAUAUAGAGCAUCUGAAAAUUGGAGAUCCAGUUGAAUUUGAAAUGACAUAUGAUCGACGAACAGGAAAACCUAUUGCUAGCACCGUGAGCAAGAUUGCUCCGGAAGUGGUACUGAGUGAAGAGAGGGUUACUGGCAAUGUAACAACAGAGCUACACAGUAGUGGCGAUUCACAAGGACGAAUUAGCUAUGAAAAUCGUGGCGAGUGUUUCUUCCUGCCUUAUACCAAAGAUGAUGUAGAAGGAAACGUCACUCUGCGUGCGGGUGACAAAGUGUCUUUUCAAAUUGCUACUAAUCAACGAGGUAACUUGGGUGCUUGUCAUGUCAGACUUGAAAAUCCAGCCCAUCCUGUCCGUUACCGCGGAGUAGUUUGUUCAAUGAAAGAAAGUUUUGGCUUCAUUGAACGAGCCGACGUUGUCAAAGAGAUUUUCUUCCACUUUAGUGAGGCCAAAUCAAUGAAAGAUGAGUUAAGGCUGGGAGAUGAUGUAGAAUUCAUCAUACAAACGCGAAAUGGCAAAGAAGUCGCAUGCAAUAUUACUAAAUUACCACCAGGAUCUAUUGUCUUUGAAGAAGUUGGUAAUGAAGUUGUAAAAGGACAAGUAUUGAAACCUUUGGAGCGAGGUACAGCUGCACGUCAUCAAAACGAUCCAUUGCCUGGUCGAAUCAGAUAUAGAGCACCGGACCAUUCUGAAGUCGAAGUGCCAUUCGGGGAUAAGGAUCAGAAGGGCGAUUUUACAUUGAGGCAUGGUGAUUGGGUUCAGUUUCGCAUUGCAACUGAUACUAGAGACCAACUGAAAAGAGCCACAGAAAUCUCUUUACUCCCUGAAUCUUUUUCUGUGUCAGGAGAACGCCGUGAGCAAGGCAUCAUUGCUGCACUAAAAGAGGGUUUUGGAUUUAUACGUUGCGUUGACCGAGACGCAAAACUUUUCUUCCAUUUCAAUGAAGUUCUGGAUGUAGAUAGAGAAAUCAGUGUGAAUGAUGAAGUCGAAUUCACAGUUAUACAAGAUCCCUCAUCAUCAUUCUCCAAUUCUCGACAAAGCGCAAUUAGAUUGACACAUCUGCCAUCAGGUAGUGUUCAAUUUGAAAGUGUUAUAGAAACAACUGUACCAGGUAGUAUAGUUCAGGAUAUUAAUGGCAUUGAACCUGGCCUUAUUGGUUAUUUAAAAGAUGGCCAACAAAAGAAUAUCAUCUUUUUCACAAAAGACUGUGACCCAAAAAGUAUUCCAAGGCUUGGUGACAAGGUCACAUUCAACAUUUGCCAAGUGAAGCGAAAUAAAGAACUUGUCGCCGUAGACAUAUCAUUAACCAAUUCGAACGAAAAAACUCAGAAUGGAAAUAAGAAAUCAAAUGGCUCAAUCAUCCAAGGCUUUAUUGCUGCCCUCAAGGAUGGAUUUGGCUUCAUUGAGACUGUGAAUCACGAAAGGGAAAUAUUUUUUCACUUCAGUAAUUUUGACGGUGAAGCUAACACUUUGGAGUUGGGAGCUGACGUUGAGUGUACUAUUGGCACUGGAAACGGCCGAGGUACAGGUGGUUGUGCAGCUGCAGAAUUUGUACGAUUAGUACCUCGCGGAACAAUCCCUAGGCCUGUAUGUACUGGGGAAGUACUAGAUGGUACAGUUGUACGACCUCUGAGAAGCGCUAAUCCUGACCAAGUUGAAUAUGCUGGACUAAUCAAAAUAAAUCCUACUACUGAAGACGAAGAGACACCAGAAUAUGAAUUUGGAAUCAUGGGUCUUGUGAAUAAACGUGAACUGUUACAGUCCGGUGAUCCAGUUCAAUUACAGGUAGAUGCAGCAGGGCAUGCUUGUAAUAUUGUAGCUGUACGCAAAAAACGAAGAGCAACAGUUGAUGCAGUUAAAGGUCCAUUUGGAUUUCUUGCAUACGAAGUUGAUGAGGGAAAAAAAUUAUUUUUCCACAUGAGCGAAGUUAGGGAUCACGCUACUCUUCAACCUGGUGACCAGGUUGAAUUUGUUUUGGUAACAAAUCAGCGUACAGGAAAAUCAUCGGCAUGCAACGUGACCCGUUUAAGUGACGUAGUCCAACAGCGGCCUGAACGGCUGAUAAGCCGUCUGCGUACUAUUUCAUUAGAAGAUACAGGCCCAAAAUUAACAGUUGUUAGACAACCACGAGGCCCGGAUGGUACUCGAGGAUUUGGCCAGGAGAGACCUCCCCACAUUCCUGGUGCUAUUCAAGAAUAAUCUUGUACCCUACCAAUGAUUAUUUAUCCAAAUUGUACCUACAUUAAAUAUUUUUAGUUCAUGCACUUGAAUGCCGAGAUUAUUAUUAUGAACGUAAAGGUAACCAAAUCGAAAAUAACAAUUAACAAUAAUAACAUUAUUAAUAAUAACUAUCGUAAUAAUAAUAAUCGGCAAUUCGGACGUUAAAAUUAUCAGAAACAACGAGUCAUUUUAUCUCCAUAAAGGUAAAAAAGGGGGCAGUUAGUCCAAUCCAUGAUUUGAAAUAAACUUUGCUUCUGUAGCUACAAUUUUUAUGCUGAUUUGUUUUCUACUGUUUUGCAAGUAUAAAAAAACUUGUUCCGCAAUGUUUUUCGUUCGUCUUUUUUUCUUUCUUCUUUUUAUUUUUUUUGUACACAAUGUAAAACCCAUAGUUAUCGCAAAUGUUGCAUCUGAUAACUAUUUCAAUUUGAUGCAGUCAGAUAAGUCUGAAAAAAAAAUUAGAGUUUGUAAGUUAAAAAAGUUUAUUUAAAUUGGGUUGCAAAAUGAAUAGGACCCGGUGUUUGGCUGUAUGAUAAUCAUCCAGCUGGGCCUGGCAUAGAUUGCCAUGUUCUAAAAUCAACGUUUCCUGUUUGACUUUGUAAAAAUAUACUUACAUGUUGAUACAACUUUUAUUUAUAUCGAUUUGUUUGGACUAUUUGUGCUACCCAGAGAUAUACACUCACUGAGACUAGGCAUAUUAUAGUACAAUCACACACAUGCUGUGUAUGUGUAUGAUCGAAAUGGUUCACCAUGUCUUAAAUGAGAAAAUUGCAUGACUGAGCUAAUGGAUUAUCUAUUUAAGUGCAUGAUGAUCAUAAUGAUGAAGAUAAUCGAAAUGAUGAAAGCGAUAAAGAUGCACAAAUGUGCGUCUCCAUUAUAUAAAUUACUGUAUCGCGAAAUCAAUUAAUGAAAUGUUUACGAAUUUGUACAAUACAAACCGAAAAAAAAAAUAAUAAGAACCAAGAAAAUAUAAGUUAAAUCUGGCCAAUCGUUUGUCGUAGAUAAUAUAUUUUAUACACAAUACGUACACACAAUUCAUGCAUAUUUACGUGUAUACAUGAGUGCUGUGUUGGUGUUGACACGCGCAUGCGCUCGUUCAAGUGUAUAUAUUUAUUUGACAUAUUAUAUAUAUUACAUAUGUAUGAAUAAAUAUAUAUACAUGAUUCACGUACCAAGCUUGAAAUCGUCAAUUUCGCGGAUUGUACAGCAAUUUUUAUACAAAGCACAAAGGGUACAAACUAUUUUGUACCAAGUCCGAAUUAUUGUACUUGGUACAAUAAUUUUCAAACAGUUUGAGCUAUGCACAAAAUUGCUAUAUCAAACAGUGAAUAUCAAAGUCUCGCGUAACUUGGUACCAGACUUCUUGUACAUACAAAACCCAAAAGAAACGUAUAGAUAGAUUAGAGCGGAACAAAAAAAAAUUCCUUUUCGAUAUCAGUCUUCCCUAUACAUUGAAAAGUUGUACUCUCUAACUCUAAACACCCACCUGAAAGAAUGUUGGGUUUAUAUUAAAUGCCACUCUUUGGUCAUGAAUGUUUAUUAUCCAUAUAAUUGAAGUAUAGUGGUCCCUUGGGAACAGAAAGAUGCAGUCCCAUAGAAAAAAAUUCUUUUGGGCGGGUUUCCAAAAUUCAGAAUACAACUUCUCGGUGUAUAGAGAAAAUUGAUUUCGAUAAUCCCAUUUUUUCGUUUCAUUCUAAUGUAUACAUGUGUAUGUGUGUAUGUAUGAAUGUAUAUACAUAUGUAUACACACACACCUAUGUACGAAGAUAAAUUCUCAAGUUCCUGAUGCAGUCUCGUGUUGUCAAAUCAAAUUAGUAUUAUACAUGCAGUGAAAAUAUGAUGAAAUUAUUAAUCGUCUAUAAAAGAAAUUUAAUCAUUCACAUUUUAUAAGUUUGCCAUUACGACUGUGAACGAUAUAGACGUGGCACUACUUAGAAAUAGACGAAAGAAUAACAUAAUCAUGUAAUACAUACACAAGCACGAUACAAAUUAAGCGCUUGUCCUAAGGCCCAUAGAUCCAACACAUCAUAUGCAUACAUACUGUAAAACUAUUGGUGAAAAAUAAACAUAUGAAGCAUCAACGAAAUAUUUCGUACUUCAUAGUAUUUUAUUUGACGAA